AUGGGUAAUGACGGUGGAAGUAUCCCAACCCGCCGCGAGCUCGUCCGUGAAGCGGCCCGGGCCCCGAGCACCGCGCAAGUAAAAGAGACCCAGCGCGAGCAGCAGGAACAUUCCUGGACCACUUGUCCGAUUUCGCACAAGUCCCUGGCUCGACCUAUAGUCUCAGACUCCGUGGGAAAUCUCUACAACAAGGACGCUGUCCUUCAAUUCCUACUCCCAGGUGACGAUGGCGAAGGCAUCAGCUCCAAGGCCGACUGCGAGGAAAUUCUGUGCGGGCGCGUGAAGUCCCUUCGGGACGUUGUCGAGCUUAAGUUUGAAGUCGAUACUGAGCUUGCUGAGCAUCCUUCUGGUCGUGCCCAUGCGCCCCGAGGACGUCAGGAAGCCUGGAUCUGUCCGAUCACCGCGAAGCCGUUGGGACCAAACGUCAAGUCCGUGUACCUGGUACCAUGUGGACAUGUUUUCGCAGAGGAGGCUAUCCGCCAGCUGAAGGGCGACAAGUGCUUACAGUGCAACGAACCCUACGCCGAAGAGAACAUCAUCUCGAUUCUCCCUAUCAAAGAAGACGACAAGAAACGUCUUAUUGCUCGAGGUUUCAAGCUUGCUGAACAAGGGCUUACACAUUCACUUAAGAAAGCACCCAGCUCCAAGAAGCGCAAGAAGCACGCUGAUACAGCCGAUGCUAGCGCCAAAGAGGUCGCUGGCUCGGAUGCCUCCAAGAACCCGGCUGAUCCGAAAGAUCGAAGCAAUACUUCUACUCCAGUCCCGGCAAAUGGUUCAAGUAGCGGAAUCAAGAAUGCUGCCACCUCCUCACUUACUGCGCGUGUGCUGGCGGAGGAGAAUGAGAAGAAGAAGCGCCGAAAGAUGAUGGGUCAGAGUUCAACGAUCAGCAGCCUAUACUCCAAGAAGGACGGGGGCAAAGAUGGAGCGGCGAAGGGUAGCGACUUCAUGACUAGAGGGUUCUCCAUCUCAUGA